AUGCAAACAUCAGACUCAAAGCGUGUCAAGAAGCCAUGGACUGUGCACAGUAGCCUCAUGCAGAUGCGUUAUCGACGGAAACGCACGCUGCAGCGUAUGCUGCAUAGCUAUUUCGAUGACUGUCGCUGCAAAGGCGUCUACCUCCUCAUCCAUGAAGACAAUCGGUACUUUACAAUUAAUUUUAACAAACUCUUACAGAAACAGGAGAAGCAUUAUCCCCCUCCAUCUCGAACAACGUGUGAGAACUACAGGAAAUAUCAGAAGUCCAGAGCGGGGAAAAAGGUAAAGCAAGGGAAACUUGAGCAGAAGCAGGAUGGAUGA